AUUUCCAUUUUCCGAGGCCAAAAAUAAAAGUUCUUUCCAAAAAAUAUUUUCACUUCUCUCUCUCUUUUUUUUUUUUUUCCAAUUUCAUAAUCAGAAACGUACAAUUCAAAAUCGAAAAGGUUUUUAUAAUAUAAUCAAAUGAUGUUCAUGCGAUAGUCUCUCACUCUCCCUCACAUUCUCUCUGCCAACUUUCUCGUUGGAGUUCUUUAAUCAGGUGGCGGAAUUCAACUGUUUGUGCAGGUAUUUCCUGCGAGGGCAUUGAUGGGUGCUCCUAAGCAAAAGUGGACUGCAGAGGAAGAGGCUGCCCUAAAAGCUGGAGUGCUUAAGCAUGGGACAGGUAAAUGGCGUACGAUACUUAUGGAUCCUGAGUUCAGUGCCAUCUUGCGGUUACGCUCAAAUGUCGAUUUGAAGGAUAAAUGGAGAAAUAUUAAUGUGACUGCAAUAUGGGGAUCCAGACAGAAGGCCAAGCUUGCCCUCAAAAAGAGUCCACAGACUCCUAAACGUGAUGAGAAUCCAAAGGCUUUGAGCAGUGUAGUCCAGGGAAACGAAGAAAUUGUUGAUGCUAAGCCUAUAGCAGUUUCUAAUGGAACACCAAAGAAUGUUGGUUCAAAAGAACUAUUGGCAAGGUUGGAUAAUCUAAUUUUAGAAGCUAUUACAACAUUGAGGGAGCCAAGCGGUUCUGACAGGCCUUCUAUUGCUUUGUACAUAGAGGAGAAAUACUGGGCUCCCCCAAACCUUAUGAAGCUAUUGGCAGGAAAGCUAAAGCUUCUGACUGCAAGUGGAAAAUUGAUCAAGGUAAAGCAUAAAUACAGGAUUGCUCCUAGUUCAGCAGUUUCUGAAGGAAGAAGAAGCUCUCCCCUCGUACGCAUAGAGGGAAAGCAGAAGGAUUCUCCAAAAUCUGAGAAGAGUAACACCAAAAUCCUUACUAAAUCUCAGGUUGAUCAAGAGCUAUCAAAGAUUAAGGGCAUGACUGCCGAAGAAGCUGCUGCAGCUGCUGCAAAGGCAGUUGCAGAGGCUGAAGCUGCAAUUGCAGAAGCUGAAGCUGCAGCAAGGGACGCUGAUGCAGCAGAAGCUGAAGCAGAAGCAGCACAAGUUUUUGCCAAAGCAGCCAUAAAGGCAUUCAAGUAUCGAACACGUCAUCUGAUGGCUUAAACUCAUCAAAACAUUGGGCAUGAAACAUGCAUUGGAUUUCGCAUCUUGCUGAUGCAGUCUUAUGGAACUCCUACUUUGUCCAUAACUGUAAAUGCGUUUAGUCUUGUAAAUAGCAGAAAUGCAAUAUCAAACUAUUAAAUCGUGUUCCUUUGGUUGGGAGCGCAUAGGUUUUUUUGACGUGGAGACUCUUUAACGCGGUAAAGAGUAGAAAUGGGUACAAGUAUUCAGAAAUAGGACUCUAGAUUGGCGAAAAUGAAUUAUGUGCCUAUCUUUUUUAAGGUUAGUCAAUCCAAUGGAAGAGUGAUUUUUGUGUAUGAAUUGCCCCAUCUGUAUGCUUGUUGAGUCUGGAAUGAAAAAGGAUUUUUGAUAGCUCAA